AAGAAAAUAAUAGAAGAAGAAUUUUUUUUUUAUGCCCGAUCGAUCGAACUGAUCCACUUCUCGAAUCCGUAGUAGACAUUUCUCUGUGGUAUUUUGAAUUCGUUUGGAAAUACUUCUUCUGUGAUUUUAUUUUUUAUUCUGUUGAUUUUUUACUUAGAUCCGUUAUUCUUCUUCUAGAGUUUUGAUUCCGUUGUGCGAAGGACUUACAGAGGUUUUUUUUUUUUAAAUAUGUGAAUUUUAUUAAAUAUAAUGUUUGCUGAAGUUACAAAAGCCGGAUACAAGCAUCUUCCCUUGCUCAAAAAAAUAAAAACAAGGAAGGAGCAGACAAAGUCAUAAUUUGAGUAGGAGCCUAGUCAUAUUGUAGUCAAAUAAAGAGAAGGUCUCUCAAGUUUCGCCUUUUUUGCUUUGCCAAGAUGGCGUCACGGAUUUGCCGGUCAAGUCGUUUGAGCAGAAGAGGGCCUUCCAUGGAUAUGUUAUUGUGAUAGCGGUUGUUGCGCUCUGACCAGAUAGCAUAAAGAGUUGCUUGGGCAGCUAAUCGGCGCAGACUCCUUGGUGCGUCCCUUGCUCAGCAUGGUUGGAUCUGAAAGACUUACAGAGGUUUGUACAGAUUGAAAUCGCCGAAGAAGAAGAUGUUUCUCACCAGGACCGAGUACGACAGAGGAGUCAACACUUUUUCUCCUGAAGGAAGGCUAUUUCAAGUCGAAUAUGCCAUUGAAGCUAUCAAGCUUGGUUCUACUGCUAUUGGAGUAAAGACUAAAGAAGGAGUUGUGCUUGCUGUCGAGAAGCGUAUCACUUCUACAUUGCUGGAACCGAGCAGUGUGGAGAAGAUUAUGGAAAUUGAUGACCAUAUUGGUUGUGCUAUGAGUGGUUUAAUUGUUGAUGCACGUACACUUGUUGAGCAUGCGAGAGUGAGGUUUCUGUUUCUAGGUUCUUUUCUUUUAGCGUUGAUAUGUGUUAUUGACCAUCUUCUGCUGCUUUUAAUCAUUCUUGUAGUAUUGUUUUGCAGGAUGAAAGGAGACCCGUUUGAGAACCAUGACUUUACAGAGCAAGCCUCAGGAAAAUAACAACUUCCAAUGAUGUAGAGGUCUACAUCAAGACCGCAGACGGCUAGGUUGGUGGAAAAUGGAAACCACAAACCGGUGUUAUAUGUCAAUCAAGACUCUGAUGUGUGUGUAUUAUAUGUACUGUCAGAAAAUUUGGAACACGACGAUGGUCGGAGAACUACAAUAUCUCGGAUCAUGCUUGCCUGACCGUACAAUUCUCUCCGGUCAAAAUGCUAUGUAGCUAAGUUUUGUUGAUUACCGGCUCUUUGUGAAAAACAUGUAAAGAAGCAAUGAGUGAGAAUUGCAGUGAGAGAGAAGUUUACAAACCUAAAACCUUGGUAAUUUGUAUAGUUUUUCUUUUUGUAAUUGCAUCACUUUGUAUGAUAUAAAGGUUUAAUUUGGAGCAAAAUCAGUAUUUAAAUUAAUCAUUUUCUCCA